CCUAAUUCUAAUUAGAUAGAAAAGAAAAAUUGCAAGAAAUAUUCCUCAGUUUUCCAACUGUGUUUUUCUUUUUCGAGUGUGUGUGUGUAAAAGAAAAUUUUUCGGAUGAAAUUUUCCUCGCUAGAAGAAAAGUUACUUCAAUAUAUAAUAAAAAAUAUAUAACCAAUAUAAGAAAAUAGAACAAAAAAAGAAUAACAAUAAAUCGACAAAAUAGCAGCCAAUUAAAAACAAAACAAACAUAAUUCUAAUGCGAAAUUUAAAACAACCAAAUAACAAAGAAUUCAAAAGAAAAAAAAAACAGAGCAAAAAAAUAAAAGUAAACAAAACGAACGAAAAUAAAACGACAAAAGCAAAAUCAACACCAACACUCAACGACAACAACAAAAAAGCAAAAGAACUUUAAAUAAAAAACAAAUACAUUAUUAAUUUAGAAAAGCAAGGAAAACACGCAAAACAAUAGUCACAGCAGCAACAACAACAACAAAGAAAGCAAAAAAACAACAAAAACAAAAAAACAGCUUCCACACACGACGAUGUUUACGGGUAAACUACAAAUAAAAGUCUGCGAGGCGAGCGGUUUACGCCCAACAGAUUUUCAAAAACGACACAAUUUAACCUUCGGCAAAUUAGCCGACGAACAAUUAAUUGAUCCUUAUGUUUCGAUCGACGUCGAUGAUUCGCAUUUUGAUCGCUCAACAACACGUCCAAAAACAUUCGAUCCCGUUUGGAACGAACAGUUCGUGCACGAUGUAACGAAUGCAAAAAACAUAAACUUAACAGUAUUUCACGAUGCAGCACUCCCACCGGAUGACUUUGUGGCAAAUUGUAUAAUACCUCUGGAGGAUAUUAUGCAACAUGAAAGCGGCGUACCGGAUCUAUGGGUGAAUUUAGAACCUCAAGGAAAAAUCCAUGUUAUUAUAGAACUUAAAAAUAAAAAUGGGUAA